AUGGCCUCGUCCCACGAUCUCACCGCCAUGCUCCUCUUGCUCUUCUCCAUCCUCUCCGGCGGGUUGGGGCCGCCGCAAGUCCAGGCGCAGCAGCCCUACGGCACCCAGAUCGCCGACUGCCCCAACCAGCACAACUCCUCGGGUCUGCUGGGCUACUUCUGCGGCGCCGCCGGCAGUAGCGCACCACCGUCCUGCCCGACCUUCCUCACAUUCACCGCCCGGCCGCCGCGCUCGAGCCUCGCCUCCAUCGGGGCGCUCCUCGGCGCCGACCCCGCCAGCGUCUUGGCGCACAACGACAACGAGCAGGACGCCGGCGCCGGGGCGGACGCGCCGCUCCCGGCGGGCACCCGGGUGCUGGUCCCGACGACCUGCGCCUGCACGGCCACGCCGGGGGGCCGGUUCUACCAGCGGAACGCCACGUACGUCGCCGCGGCCGGCGACACGCUGUUCAUCAUCGCCAACAACACGUUCCAGGGCCUCACGUCGUGCCAGGCGCUCGAGGCGCAGGGGCUCCGCGGCGCGCCGCCGCAGAGCCUUGACGCCGGCCAGUCCCUCCCCGUGCCGCUCCGCUGCGCGUGCCCGACCGCGGCGCAGGCCGCGGCCGGGGCCAGGUUCCUCGUCAGCUACCUCGUCGACGUGUCCGACGAACUCGCCGCUGUGGCCGCGCGGUUCGGGGUCGACGCCCAGACCGUCGCGGAGGCCAACCAGCUGCAGCCGCCGUUCACCAUAUUCCCCUACACCACCCUGCUCAUCCCCGUCAGCGCGCAGCCUAACGUGUCGCGCAUCCAGACGCCGCCGCCGGCUCCCCCGCUUCCGCCUGUGGUGGUAGCGCCUGCGCCGGGGAAGAAGAGCGGUAGCCGUGUCGGGGUCUACAUUGGCGUUGCCGUGGCGGUGGUUGCCGUCGCCACGAUUGCCUCUGCCGGGGCUUUCCUCGCUCUGAGGGCGAGGAGGAGGCGAGCCCGCGCCGUUCUAGCCGCCGGCGCCGUGGUGACCGAGAAGGAAGGUAAGGCAGGCAAAGGAAACGACAGGGCGGCGACGUCGUCGGACUUCACCGUCACCGGCGGCGAGUUCUCGCUUUCCACUACCGAGGCGUUCUCGAGCAUUUCCGUGACGGACAUCAAGUCGUCGCUGAAGGUGUACACCUACGCGGAGCUCAAGGCGGCCACUGACGACUUCAGCCCGGACCGCCGCAUCGGCGGGUCGGUGUACCGCGCGGCGUUCAACGGCGACGCCGCAGCCGUCGAGGUGGUCGACCGGAACGUGUCGACGGAGGUGGAGCUGAUGCGGAAGAUCAACCACCUCAACCUGAUCCGCCUCAUCGGCCUCUGCCACCACCGCGGGCGGUGGUACCUCGUCACCGAGUACGCCGAGCACGGCGCGCUCCGGGACCGCCUCCUCGCGGCCGGCACGGGCGCGGCGGCGCCGCUGACGUGGGCGCAGCGGGUGCAGGUCGGGCUCGACGUCGCCGAGGGGCUCAGGUACCUGCACGAGUACGCGCGCCCGGCGUGGGUGCACAUGGACGUCAGCAGCGGCAGCGUCCUCCUGGCCGGCGACGGGCCCCGCGCCAAGCUCCGGGGCUUCGGCGCCGCCAGGGCCAUCACGGGCGCCACCGCCGGCGAGGAGGCGCUGUUCACGAUGACGAGCCGCAUCGCGGGGACGCGCGGGUACAUCGCGCCGGAGUACCUGGAGCACGGCUUGGUGUCGCCCAAGGCCGACGUGUACUCGCUCGGCGUCAUGCUCCUGGAGCUCGUCACGGGCAGGGACGCCGAGGAGCUGGUGGGCGACGGCGCCGUGGGCGACCCGUUCGUCGCGCUGCGCGAGCUCGCCGAGGAGCUCGACGGCGGCGGCGACGCCGUGCUGCAGCGGCUGGAGGAGCUCGUGGACCCGGCGCUGCCGGCGGGGAGCUGCCCGCAGGACGCCGUGGUCAUGGUGGUCAGGCUCAUCGAGAGGUGUGUCAAGCAAGACCCUGCGCGCCGUCCCACGACCGGGGAGGUGGCGCAGCGCCUCCUCAAGCUGUCGGGGGUCUCGGUGCUCAGCUGGCGGAACUCGCCGGAGUCGCCUCGCAGCUCCGGCAGUGGAAAAGGCCUCAUGUACUAG